CGCUCUCCUCGCUCCACGAUCACAUCCACGAGGUGGAGGAGGAACCACCGGAUGAGGAAGAGCGCGGCGGCGGCGGCGGCGGUGGUGGCGGCGGGGGCUGCGUUCGCCGCCGCGGCGCUCUGGUAUCGCCGGAGCUCGCGACGGUGGAGGCGCGCCGAGCUCAUAAUGAGGGAGCUCAAGGAGCCGUGCGAAACGUCGGUGGAAAGGCUGUGGGCGGUGGCCGACGCCAUGGCCGACGAGAUGAGAGCCGGGAUCGCCUCUGAGGGAAGGACCAGCCUCAGAAUGAUCGCGGAUCCUUCUAUAUCUCUCCCCACCGGUUGCGAGGAAGGGUUAUUCUAUGGUUUGCAGUUUGGCCCAGCAAGUGUUCGGAUGAUUCGCUUAUUACUAGGUGGAAAUGAUGCUCGUGUUGUUGAAAAGGAAAUAUCUGAGGUCCCCGUGCCACCUAAGUUGAUGGUUGGGACAUCUGAGGAAUUAUACAAUUUUAUAGCUGCAGAGCUGGUAAAGUUCAUAUCUACGGGCAAUGCGAAUAUGGGCCCUCAUGAUGGAAUGCCAGGGGAAAUCGGCGUUACAUUUUCAUUUCCUGUUGUUCAAGACUUGGAAUCAGAUUAUUUCAGUGUUGAGUGGACCAUAGGAUUCUCAAUUAAGGAGAUGGAGGGAAGAGACGCUGUGGCAGCCAUGAACAAGGCUUUGGAGAAACAUGGUGUUGAGAUGCGCAUCUCUUUACUGGCUAAUGAUACCGUCGGGAUACUGGCUGGAGGUAGAUACUGCUGUAAGGAAACUGUGGCUGCUGUUAUGUUGGGAAUGAAGACUAAUGCUGCCUACACAGAGCCCUUUAAUGGAGAAAAUCCUCAUAACAAGCACAGAGAUACGAUUAUUAACAUGGAAUUGGGGAAUUUCAAGUCACCUAAUCUUCCUAUAACUGAAUUUGAUACUGAUUUAGAUGCUGCCAGUGCCAACCCUGGAGAGCAGAUCUUUGCGAAGCUCGUCUGUGGAGUAUACUUAGGAGAUAUUGUUAGAAGGGUGCUAUUAAAAAUGGCUGAAGAAACUGCUUUAUUUGGUGACACCAUCCCAUCGAAGCUUAGAAUACCUUUUGUGCUCAAAAUUCCUGAUAUGGCUGCAAUGCAUCAGGACAUGUCAGAGGACCUUAUGGUUGUUGGAGAGAAACUAGAUCAGAUAUUAGGGAUUCCAAAUACUACAUUGAGGAUGCGCAAACUUGUUUUUGAGGUGUGUGAGAUUGUAACAAGACGUGGCGCUUAUUUAGCUGCAGCUGGAAUACUGGGGAUCCUAAAGAAGAUUGGAAAGGAUAGCGCAGAUGAGAAGGUAGCUGUUGCAGUGGAGGGUAACAUCUACGAGCACUACCGACUAUUCCGAGAGUAUUUGCAUAAUGGAGUGGAGGUGAUGCUCCGUGAAAGAGUCGCAACUAAUGUAGUGAUCCAGCACUUUAAUGAUGUCUCAAGAAUCGGAGCUGCACUGCUUUCAGCAUCAAACUCACAUAACGAGCUCGGCUAUAGCUAUGCAGACGCUGUUAAGAGAAGAGUUCCUUCUGAGACAUUUAAUGCCGGCAUAACCAACUAACGUUCCGCAAUCAUCGCGAAAAAGCUUUGAGAAUUCCUUUUUCCACACACGUAUUGACUUCUUUCCAAAUCCAUGGGGUAUCACCCCCUCUUUUUAUUUUUUAUUUAUUAACUUUUUUUGUUUUUGAGCAAGAAGAUAAUGAAACCUAUUGUAUAGUAGCAGACGCAGAUAAUGAUAACAAGAUAGUGAGUGUUAUUAGCUCACAUUAUUUUUGUCUUAGGUGGUGAAAAGUUUAUAGUGUGUACUAUUGUUCAGUGGAAAUCCAA